CAUCUGAGGAAGUAUAACGUCCAGUAAAGAUGUCCACGCAGAUGAAAUAAGAACAAAAUCAGUGGAAAAUCGGCACCAAUCAGAAUCUUGCCAGGCUUUGAAUUGUCUUCUCAAGUGUAAAACUGCAACUCCACAUUAAAAUUAGUCCCACUUGCUCAAAUGCCUGCCUCAUGAAAGCUCCCCCCCCCGGGUUGCAGUGUGUGCUGCCCCUUGAACAAUCAAUAGGGAGCCAACAUCAUUCCAGCGUCAUCUCCAUGGAAACGAGCAGCAGUCGCUGUUAUGAUUGGGCCCUGCCUGAAUUCUUGCCUUUUUGUGAUAGGGCGAUGGAAGCGGCCCUCCCCACCCCCCUCUCAAUGACACACACCGUCUCAUACACACAUUUUUCCCGUCAUCCUUUUUCUGUGCCCGAACCAUAAGAGAUCAAGCAGCCUGUCGUGUCCUCUUGCAUCUGGGUGAAAGCAGUGCGACGCGCCGAUGAGGGAUGGAUGCUCACUGAAGAGCUAAAACACCACACGCACCUCGAUGGAAUAAGGCACCUGGUCGUUGGAUUCCCCUUGCCUUGCUUCCUUGUUUGCUGUUUUACUUUGGGCCUGUACUGUAUGUCAGGUUUCAACAUGACAUACAGUAUCUUUUUUUCUGGAUGUUACACAUCACCUGUCAGCCAACUUGCUAAGGCAUGGAUACAUCAUCUCCAUUAGGAAGCAAAGCGUUGAACUCUGAAGCUUGACUUUGUGCUGAGGAUGAAGUGUGGUCCGGAAUGCUAACAGGAAAUUGACAAGUCACCGAAUUGCAAAUGCCAAAGUAUGUCCUGUCUUUUUGGGGCCCAUUGUUUUGGAAGACGUCAUUGCUCAGAGCGGGACAAGAUGAUUUUGCAAGAAUGAUCUUUUAGUGAUGAACAGUGACUGUAGCCUUACGAAGCGCUAACACAAGAGAGAACACGCUGUGUUCGAGCACAGAGAACACCCUGUGUUGGAGCAACUCUACAAGGAUUCAGCAAUGUGAAAUGUGGACAUGUGACAUUGCAACUUGACUGGAAAACACUUCUGCGUAUGGCCUUCCUCAUGAUUCCAAGGAAAACUUGUCCAAUUCAAUAUCUGAACUAUCAGCCUUAGCCUCAUCUGCGCUCCUUGACUACCUCAGAGUGAUGUAUGACCUGUGGACCCGACCAGAGCAACCUAAGCCUGUAUCCAUACAAGUAAACAUGGACAACCAACCUCUAGGACGGAUGCAACAAGAGUUGAAGAAAUCGGAAGAACACAGAGCCGAUAGACGAGGGCUGCCUGACAAGGCCACGGUAGCCUCGGCUAAUAUCACGUCAGCGUCUUUGUUAGGGAAGAGACACCAUUCGCUUUAUGCUAACCUCAAUGCAUUUGAAGCAGAAAGGAAACACAAGAAUGGAGCAGACUACCGGUUUCUGGUCCGGCAGAACUUUGAGCUCUUGCGAGCUCUGGACGAGCUUGAGAAGACUUGCAGCAUACUGAGGGAUGAAAAUGGCCUGCUGCGGAAGAGCAGCGCUCCAGAGACUGAGGAGAAGGUCAGGCGACUGAGGAGGAAGAACACAGAGCUGGCAGUUCUUGCCAAGAAGCUGGAGGAGAGAGCCAGAAAGUUGCAAGAGGCCAACCUCAGAAUGGUGAGCUCUCCAUCGCUGAUAAGGCCCGGGUCAGUGGAACAGUACAAGAGAGCGUUUGCACGGCAGCGAGCACGUGACCUUGCCCAGCAUGCUGAUGCACUGUUGUGUAAGGACAAGGAGAUUGCGGCACUGCAGCGGGACUUUGAAGCACUAGAGGCACAACAAGGCACUAUGAAGGGUUCCCCGGCCCCAGCAAACAGACUGGAAUUUGAGAAGCUUCUCAGGCAGUCUCAGAGGGAGGUGCUUCGCCUCCAAAGGCAGCUGUCUGUCACAUCAUCCACACAGCACCCAAACCAUAAUCCUGAUCCCGGUGGCCCAGAGAAGUGUGAGAUCCCCGCAGAGGCAGCGAGUGUGGAAGAAAAGGUUGUAAGAGAGGCCCCGUGUGUGCCGUUAGAUGAGUAUCCAUCUAGGUGUGAGAAGACUCCCGGAGAGGAGGAGGAGGAGUCGGGGCUGCCAGUGACGCCCCACUCGGGCCGCAGCCCGACCCUCUCCCAGCAGGAGGAAAAAUCAGAGGAGAAGUGUCUUUACUACCUGGAGCGUGAGCUGACCAGGAAGAGAAAAGAAUGUGAAAAUCUUGAGCAUGAAGUCAAGAAGCGGCAGAGGAAAUGUCAGGAUUUGGAGAGCCAACUUGAGGAUGAGCGAGGCAAAAAUGAGCAACUAAAGGAGGAGGCAGAUCUCCUCAGAAGGAAGGCACAGCUGCUCGACCAGACUCGAGUUGACAAUGAGGAGCUGAGGGAAGAACUCUCUAAAGUGACCGCUCAACACAAUUCCGUUCUCGAGGAGAACCAGAGACUCCGUGCCAAACUGGAGAACCUAGAGCAGGUCCUAAAGCAUAUGCGAGAGGUCGCUGAGCGAAGGCAGCAGUUGGAAUUGGAACAUGAGCAGGCUCUGGCUAUCCUUAAGUUCAAGCAGGAUGAAAUCAAGCGAUUGCAGCGGGCUCAGUUAUUUGCCAAGAGAGAACAUGAAGGGGUGGUUCAGAUGCUGGAGGAGUUGACCCAGCUUGUGUUGCGGAGGGAGCUGAGUACACUGGACUGCAUGCAGUCAAAGGUGCGAGAUCUGGAGGAGAAAUGCCGCAGCCAGACCGAGCAGUUCGGCUUGUUGUCCCAAGAGUUGGAGAACUUUCGACUGCAGGCCUCCAAGGCAGACCUUGCUGGCUCCGGUCUUCUCAACAAUCCCAGUUUCUCUGUCCUGACAAAUGGAGUGGGCCUGUCUACCGAGCGAGACUGCACAGAUAGCUCAUGGGAUAUGGAGUCACUGAGCGAAAUAGCCUUCUGGAGUCUGGAGGGGGGUGACAAUCUCUCCUGCCCUGAGGAUGUUGCUGCCGCACUACGGAUGGGGACCACCCCCCAUGCUGCAGGUCUUUCCAGGGUGGAGCGCUCCCCUGUCACCAAGCAUCGAGAGCUUCCCACCAUCAGCGUCCACAAGUCGGCGUCAUCCUCCAGCAAGUCCGAGACCGCAAACAUCACCCCCAAGUCUGACACCCAUCUUAGUCCGCACAAAUCAAGCCCAACGCAUGAGGUUGACACGGCCAGCGAAGUGGAGGAGCUGGACAUUGACACGACCCCGACACCUUGCGCAGCCAGAGGAGGAGCAGCCAAGCUUCAGGUUUUUAUUGCACGAUACAGCUACAAUCCUUACGAUGGCCCAAAUGAUAACCCUGAAGUGGAGCUCCCACUCACUGCAGGAGAAUACAUCUAUGUGUAUGGAGGCAUGGAUGAUGACGGCUUCUACGAAGGCGAGUUGAAGGAUGGAAGGAGAGGGCUGGUCCCCUCUAACUUUGUGGAACGCGUAUCAGAUGACGACGUCAUGGGCUCUCACCCUCCAGAGACCGGUGACAUGUCCCACAACUCCUUGCCAGACAGCAGUUUGCACAGUGCCAGCCACCAGUAUCGCCUCCACGCAGGUGUACGCGCCUCAGAGAGGACAGAGGCCUCUUCUGCCUCUGGCCCCACCUCAGCCUCUUCCAAUUCGGCCUUGGCUGUCUCAGCCCCCCUCACCAAUGGCCUGGACUUGGAUUUGGAGGAGGUGGGAGUGGACACUGUGCCUUACCCACGUAAGCUCACCCUCAUCAAGCAGCUUGCCAAGAGCAUCAUCAUCAGCUGGGACCCCCCACUGGUGCCGGCUGGGUGGGGCAAUGUGUGGAGCUAUAAUGUGUAUGUGGACCAGGAGCUGCGGCUUAAUGUGCCCUUCGGUGCCCAAACCAAAGCAGUGCUGGAGAGGCUGGACAUCAACCUCAAGGCCUACCGCGUGUCUGUGCAAAGCCUGACAGAAAAGGGCCCCUCAGACCAGCUGCGCUGCAGCAUGCUCAUUGGUCGGGACGUUUGUGUGGCACCGACACAGCUGCGUGUGGAUAGCAUCACCGCCACCUCUGCCAACCUGUCCUGGCUGCCCUGCAAUAGUAACUAUGUGCACAUUGUGUCCUUGAAUGAGCAAGAGUGUGAGCUGGUGAAGGCUGGAUGCUACUCGCUGUGCCUCAAUAACCUCUUACCCAGCCUGCAGUACACCAUCAAGGUGGAGGCACGGCCACACCGCACGCCGUGGGAGUUACCUGUGGAGCGACGUGAGCACAGAAGUGCUACCAUCAAUUUCAGCACACUAACAGCAGUUUCAUGCCCGCAGUCUGGGAUCACAGGCCCUCCGGAUGCUCCGCUGGAUGUACAGUUGGAGCGUGGUCCUUCCCCUGGGAUUGCCCUCAUCAGCUGGCUGCCAGUCACCAUUGAUAGUGCUGGAACCUCCAAUGGAGUCCGUGUCACUGGGUACACCAUAUACGCAGAUAGGAAAAAGGUGCUGGAGGUGUCCUCCCCAACAGCCGGCAGUGCUCUGCUGGGCCCGUCCCAGAUCCAGUCCCUGCAGGCAGCUCAGGAUCUCACUGUCCGGACCAUGUCUGCCCAUGGGGAGUCCUGCGACUCUUUUCCUGUCAGUGUGCCCUCCAAGCUUGCCGCCAUCAUGGCCGGCCCGGCUGCCGCAACCCUGGCUACGCCAACCCUUGCCUGCACCCCUGUCGGACCCACACCGCUUACUUUUGGGAACUCUGCUGCCAAAAUCUCCAUGUUGCCCAACACAUUACCAGCAGAAAGACACAUGACUGGCCUCACAGUGGUUGAUGUGGCCCACUGUCCUCAUGUACCACACUCAGGGGCCUUUGUGUCAUCAGCCUCGUUCGUAAAGGCCUGGGCCAACCCUCCGUCUGCUGCUACCACGGCUGAGUGUGAGGCCACGUUGCCCGUCACGUCCGCUAUCACCCCAGUGAUUAAUGUGACACCCCCCACCUCUUCAGCUCCCCAACCAUCCCCCAUAACAGAACCCGCACCCGCAAUAACAGCGGUGACACAAGCGACCACGUUGGAGCAGCGCAGAGAUGCGGACAGCCCCGGAACAAUACGUCCUUUUCCGUCCAUCACCGAUUUCAUCGAGGAUCCCUGUGCCAAACUCGGAACCCCAGAGCGCAUUCCCACACCCCCCAAAGCCCCCAUCACAGACCUCCUCAACCCUCAGGACACUCUUAUCCUCCGACCCCCCAGUACUUCGCCACUGGACUCUGAGGUUGAGGAGGAACCGGAGAACAAGCGCUUGGUGUCCAUUGAGGAGUUCUUGAGACAGGACCAGGACCCGGCGUACAACAGGACGCAGGAGGGUUUCAGCAGAGGGCUAGUGGAGCAUCCCAGCGACUUCCUCACUGACAACAGCCGCUCAGAUCUGUCUGACAUCUUAGAAGAGGACGAAGAGGACCUUUACUCUGACCACUUUGGGGAAGCGCCAACCAGGGGAUACACAGUGACAGCUAACAGGUUAAGCAAAUCUGAGCCUUCAGACAGUGAUGACGAUGUUCUUGAGAGGAUCAUCAAGUUACCCCCUCAGGUCUGCCGCAACAAGCAGCUGUUCAGCAUUCCUGAGGUAACCGAGGAGGAAGACCGCGGUCGGGAAGAGCCUUUACCUCGUCACGUACAGAUGCAGCAGAGGCACGGCCGUCUUCACCCCAGAGACACAGAACACCUUCAUCACGUUUCGCAACGUCACCCCCCAUACUCCAGCCCUCACUUUCCCCCUCAGCAACACCACUUCAACAGGGAUCCCAGAUCCCAAACCAAAGAGCCUUCAUUGAGGCAAGGACCCUUGCAAGGCAAGCCCAAGUUGCAGCACAGAGUCCACUAUUCAGAUGCAGCAGACAGCGGAAAUUAUCCUGGUGAAAAAGAAGUGCGUUCAUGUGAAGGUCCGACCAGCAGGCGUGUCUCUGUUCGCUGUCCUCCCCAGUCCACUCCCAACAAAGACAGGGUACUACUCAAAGGGUUAGGGGACCGCCUUAGGAGGGAGGCCAUGCUCAGGAGUCAGAUGGCUGCAGGCCAUGGCCCUACCCUGCCAAGACCCUACCCGGUCAGCAAAACAGUACAUACUGUGACGUCCCCCAUUAGUUGCGGGAUGGAGAUUGAUGUGGAGUAUGGCACAGAUGACGUCGAUGAACCAGUAGCGUGCACUGCAGGGGAGGUGGUGAUGGAACAGAUGAGCUCAGAGUGGUGGAUCGAGGGGGCGGAGAUGGAGCAUAUUGGACCCUCCUACCACCAGGGGACAAAGGCUAACACCUUGGAGCCCAGUCAACCAACAGGAUCUGAGGCAGGUCCAUCAUGGGGUGCUGAUUCCGAGCAAUCCUCUAAACCAGUUGGUUUGCAAGGCAAGCGGCUCAAAGGUUGCUUUGACUCACCAAAGACAAAAGGGGACAUACGCAUCUUCGUGGCCCUCUUCCCUUACGAUCCUGCCACCAUGUCACCCAACCCGGACGCUUCUGAGGAGGAGCUGCCUUUUCGAGAAGGACAGAUCAUCACAGUUUAUGGCGAUAAAGACUCAGACGGGUUCUACCGAGGGGAAUCAUGUGGUCGUUUGGGCUACGUACCUUGCAACAUGGUGUCUGAGAUCCAGGUGGAGGACGAGGAAACCCGGCAGCAACUACUGCAGCAGGGCUUCUUGUCUGCAGAGGCCUCCUUAGAGAAGAUAGUCCAUGAAGGCACUCGUACACAUGCACAGCUUCCAAGUCGCCCUGUCCCGCCACUGAAACCGAGACGAUCCAAGAAAGUGGAGUCUUCGGCACUCUGGGAGGAGAGCAUAGACUCCUCCAGUCCAGGUCCAAGCCAGGCAGCUGCUCCCUGUGCGGGAGGGAAGCCAGUCCCGGGAUCUCGCAAGAUGUUGGCUGUCUUUGAUUACGAUCCACGAGAAAGCUCCCCCAACUCUGAUAUAGAGGCUGAGCUGACUUUCAGCGCUGGAGACGUCAUCCAUGUGAUUGGAGACAUGGAUGAAGAUGGCUUCUUCUAUGGUGACUUGAAUGGACAGCGAGGGUUAGUGCCCUCCAAUUUCCUGCAGGCUUUUCCAGAGAAUGCCCCCACCGAACACGUCUCAGCUCAGCCUGCACCGGACCACAAGAAAGAAUCACAGGGGAGCUCCUCCCCAGAACCGCAGGAAGCGGAUCCCUCAACACUCCGAGACGCUUUGAGCCCACAAGCAGAAGCUCCUGUCCCCGAUCAACCGGAGCACGUAGACCCACAAGCCCAUCUGCAGAUGCCUGCAAGCACCGCAUCAGGUCCGGGCCCGGCUCCAAGCCCAGUUCCGGCUCGGGCCUCUCCUCCGACCCCCCACCUAGCGGCAAGUCAGCUGCACACAGACUGCUCUACACAGGGCAAAAAGAAGAAAGGCUUCUUCUCCAAAGGCAAGAAACUCUUCAAAAGAUUCGGAUCCGGCAAGAAAGACUGAAAGGCAGGAUGUCUGACUUGCCGCUGAAUUGCAUUGAAAGCACUUUGUGUUUCCUCACUUAGUAAGUAGACCUGAGCACCGCUAGGCUAGCAGGGACUGGCAGAGUCACUGUAGAAUUGUGUACUCCCACUACCCUUGCAAAUAUACCCUAAUAAUUCCUCCUGAUUGGAACCCAGGCUUCAAUGCAGCCGCCUUUCGGCUUCUCUCAUUUCUGGAGAGAUCCGCUGGCUGGUUGUCAGGGGCGCCGGCCAGGACCGGAACCCGUGGCAACUGCAUGGAAGGGAAGUACGGCUACGCUGGCAGUGCAGCACCCGGGCUUUAAUGUUCACUGUAAGUGUUCUCUAGCGAGGCCUCCAUAAGCUUUAAUGAUUCUAUAUGUAAAAGAAGCAAUCCUGAUUGGAUCCAUUUGCGUGUCUACGUGUUUAAGGACGUUCUGACUGUUUGUACCAUGGGGUGUCCAAACUUUUUCCACCAAGGGCCGCAUAGUAAAAAUGGCAGGAUGCCAGGGCCACUUUGAUAUUCUGUAAAGUAGAUACACAAACAAGUGAUACUGUACAUGUAAAUGGCAUCUACAUGAAGCAUUUUCAAGCAUAAGAAUGGCUAAAUGAAGUAAAGUACUAAUAGAAGGCGCUCAAAAGACGUCACUAGGGGCCAGUAAUGUUGGGUUGCACCAGACUGGAGCAGCAGGCUAUUAUUGCUGGUGUGAAUGAUCUCACAACAGGCACAAUAAUCCCUAAUUAAAGAAUGGGCUAUUGUUGCGGCCGCAACCCAUGCCAAGCUACAACUCUACGUCACUUCCUGUCCACCCGUCACUCAGCUUCCCAUAGUGGUGGAACACAUUUACAGCAACACACACCAGCAUGAGUGUUGGUUUCUGUGAUUAAGUCUACUAUGUUGGGUCAUACCAUUGUAGGAGUGUUAUUUCAUGUCUGUGGGGCGCUAUUAAUGCCGCACAGUGGCCGAGUGGUUAGCAUGUUGGCCACACAGUCAGGAGAUCGGGAAGAUCUGGGUUGGAAUCUCUGUGUGGAGUUUGCAUGUUCUCCCUGUGUGGGGGGGGGGGUUUCUCCCGGUACUCCAGUUUCCUCCCACAUUCCAAAAACAUGCGUGUUAGCUUCAUUGGAGACUCUAAAUGGUCCAUAGGUAUGAAUGUGAUUGGUUGUCUAUAUGUGCCCAGCCAUUGGCUGGACACCAGUCCAGGGCGUACCCCGCCUCUCGCCUGAAGUCAGCUGGGAUAGGCUCCAGCAUACCCGCAACCCUAAUGAGGAUAAGCGGCAUAGAAGAUGGAUGGAUGGAGGGCUCUAAUAAUGUUAAAAAAAACUCAUUUAGAAGGUUGAAAACAGGUUUUCUGUGCUCUAACUUCCAUUUAUGAAUAAGAAAUCCUACUUUGCGGAAAUUCACUUAUCACGGUCGGGUCUGAACCCCAAUAAACCAGGUAUUACUGUACAUUGCAGUACUGUGGGAAACACUUCUUCAUACAAUAUUUGUCAGUAUGCGGCCCUUGGUGGAAAACGUUUGGACACCCUUGCUUUAAAUUCUAUUGCUCCUGCUGAGCGCAACGGUGAUGAUACACAAUAGAAGCUUGUGCGUGUGCAUGUGCAUGUGCGCGUGCGUGUGCGUGUGUGCACAGCCCAAAGCAAAUGCCUUUCUCCCAUAUUAACACAGGAACUCUGGAUGGUGAGACUGUCACCUACGGCCUAAUUGAUGCAUGCAGUGUGGGAGUGUGGCGUAGUGUUGUUCUCAUGACAAUUUAGUAGGAUUCCAUACAAAACGUGACUUUAAAUGGGGAAAAAACAGGAGCAUUUUUUUGCAUCUGUGCAGUCAAAUAGUGUUUGUAGAACAGGAAGAGUGCAUCACAGCGGGCUUUUCCACCGACACGUAACUGACUCCUCUCCAUUCACAUUCACGUCUACGGACAAUUUUCAGUACCAUGCAUGUUUUUGGACAAUAUUACCAUAACUUAGUACACACAUACAAGUAAUACACACCCUGGUGCUCCUCCUAAAAUACCCUACUGAUUUCUUGUGAGAACUUUUUUACUUGAAUGCAUUAGCGUGCCGGAAGGUCACUUGCUAGAAAAUACAACGGAGUAUAGCGAAGGACCUACAUGUUUCUUUGUCCUCGUCCACUGAAGCGACACGGCGUCUGAGCUGGUUGCAGUAGUUGAGACACUGGGCUGCUACUGUCAGUCACUACUCGGGGGUGUAGUUGUAGCUGAGUCCUCCCAUUUCAAAAGUGCAGAAUAUUGCCAAACUCUCAGUGCUUUUGCUGUCAAGGCAGGAGAAUCUAGUCCGGGUGACUUAGUGUGUCAGGUGUGCAUGAUGAUGCCAAGACUACAGAGGGGGGUGCAGGUAUGGUUGUGUACUACAGAGGCUAGGCUGAUGCUGAAGUGAUCUUCAGUGGUGGGAAAAAGUGUUUGCCUCCUUCCUCAUUUUGUAUUUUUGUUUCAUGUUUGUCCCACUUCAAUGUCUCACAUCAUCAACAAAUGUAAAUAUUAGUCAAUGACAACACAACUCAACACUUGAUGCACUUUUUAAAUGAAACUUUUUAUCAUUAAGGGGGAAAAACAUGCAAAGCUACAUGGCCCUGUGUGGAAAAGUAAAGCUAAUAAGUGGUUGCCCCCCCCCUUAGCAGCAACAACUUGCAAUGAGUCUCUUCCAGCGCUGGGGAGGAAUUUAGCAGAAUUGUUGUCAUUCAGCCACAUAGGAGGCUUUUCCUUGUGAAGGUCAUGCCACAGCAUCUCAAUAGGAUUCAGGUCAGGACUUGGACUAGACCACUCCAAAGUCUUCAUCCAUCCAGAGGUGGACUUGCUGGUGUGUUUUGGAUCAUUGUCCUGCUGCAGAACCCAAGUUGCUUUCAGCUUGAGCUCACCAACAUUCUCCUUCAGUAGAAUUCAUGCUUCCAUUUAUCACAGCAAGUCUUCCAGGUGCUGAAGACCAUCACACUACCACCACCAUAUUUUGCUGUUGCUCUGAUGCUCUUUUUCUGAAAUGCAGCAUUACUUUAACGCCGGGUGUAAUGAGAUACACACCUUCCAAAAAGUUCAACGGGGGUGGGAACACACAAUCACGUUUCUCCCUUAAUAAUCAAAAGUUUCCUUUAAAAACUGCUUUCUGUGUUCAGUUGUGUUGUCAUUGGCUAAUAUUUACAUUCGUUUUAUGAUCGAAACAUUUAAGUAUGGCAAACAUGCAAAACAAUAAGAAAUCAGGAAUGGGGCAAACACUUUAGUUCUUUUUUCGGAGGGUGGCUGAAGUGUGCAGCAAGUCUUUGUGCUGCUGUUGUAUUUACGGCCUUGACUGCACAAGUAUUCUCUCUGCUCCACCUGCUCGUACUUAGCACCCAUACACGCAUAGAGUAGUAUCUAGCCUUACAAGAAGACAUGGCUAGUCUUAACACGUUGUUUACAGGAUGUUUAUUGAUUGCAUGUCGCCGUCUUCUGCCUUAUUUAUGACCUAUUUAUGUUUUUAUUUGUCUGACCCAUCUACAACGUCCAUUGUAGAUUGAGAUGCAGUGAGGUAGGAGUUAUGUACAUAAUGGACUCAUUUCCCCCCGACAUUUUUAUAUUGUACAUAAAUAUAUAUAUAUAUAAAUAUAUUUAACACAACAAACGUUUUUAUUACCUUUUUGGAAGCUCGUCUGUGAAUGUUGGUAUUGUUGCCCAUGCAGUGUUGAUGGCGGAAUCUGAAGGCGUGAGCUUGUGAUGCUUGCUUUUCACAUCAAAUAAAGUACGUAUAUUUUCACAUGAAACAAACGGAAGCCAACACCCGCUUGGAUGAUCUUUAUUUCAUGACUGAUGACAGUGAAAUGAUGACAAAGUCGAGGUAAGGAGGGCUUUGCAGGCUUCGCUCGGGGCCACACGGUGCCCAUGUGAACUGGCGGGGUGGCGACACUCUAGGUGCCGUGUGGCCUGGCGAGACAAAAGCCGCUUCCUCUUUUCCACUUCCUGGGAGAGGCCGCCAUGUUCCUGAAGCCAACAGUACACUCAUCCAUAAAGUAGGAAACACUACACUGUGGCGAGGAGUUUUUAGUAGUGCUUUCUACUUUAUGGGUGACUGCACUGUAUGUCCAAAGGUCGUCUUCUGCUCGUCCAUUCACAAAAUCAACACUUCUUCAAACACAAUCACUUGUUUGUUUCAUCUAAAUGCACCUUUUUUGUUUCCCAAGUCCGAAAACGGGCCGCCACCACCUGUGUCCCCGCCUCAGAAAGGCCUGCCAGAAGGAAACGCCAUCUUGAGGAAGCCAUUUUGUCUGGCAUGAGUAAGCUUUUCUAUCGUACUCACAAAGUAUGUCACAAAAAAAGAGGUUACUUUACACGGAAACCACGUCCCAACGUACCGUUAGUAACCGUUUCACUGCCAGGAAAUGCCCUUUUCGGUCCAACUUCCUAUUUUGCAGCAUGUUCCAGUCUGUGAAAUUGCUGUCAAGGAUCUUUGCACCCGUUGUCACAAUAAUUCUAACGUGAAUCCACAAGGCCGGCGGUCAUACUUUACCUCAGCGGCUUCUUCGGCAGCUCGACCGGUGUCGUCGCUCGGCUCCGACAAGUGAGCGAAGAAGAAGUCGUCGUCUCCUUUUGAAGCCUCUUCGACCACGUGACGCAACCACAGGAAGAGGUCUAACAGUCACAGCCGCUCUGCUCCUGCUCUUCCGUCUUUACUCCCUAACCUUCUGCACACCCUUUGAGUGCAGGCGGCUUGUAAUAUCGUCCCCCCCGACCCACCUACACACAGACAUUUGGUCCAGGGCUGUGAAAAAUAGCGCAUUAACGCCGGUAACUAAUUUAUUUCAUUAAUUACGUUCAAUUUAGUAGCAUAAUGAACACAUACAGGAUGCAUCACGGCAAGCAAAGCCUCUGUGUAGCGUCCCCACAGUCACACAGUCUGACGCUCUUUUGUAACCUCAUUCUGACCUGAACACGUACCUGAACACCGCGUACGCACCUCCAACUCACAAGCACGCCUCUCGUCCAUUUGUCAUUGGAACGACUCUUCCUCGUUUGUCUGGACACCAACUUUAAAAGCUGCGGCGAUCACUGGUGUCGCUUCGCAACACAUCUCAUUCAUAGAAGAGAUCCGUGUUGGCAGUUUAGCGACAUGGUGGCUGUAUUUAGUGAGGGGGGGUGCGCAUUAAAAGUGGAGGUCGGGAAGUGUUUCUUUCUCCAAUUGUGCAUAAAUGCCGCCGUGCGUGAAAUCACAACACGCGUCUACUGAAUGCCUAACAAUUCUAUUUUUGUUCAUGUAGCCAUUUUUAUGCUUGAAAAUGCUUACGUUAGGAAAAAAUGUGUAAAAUUUGCUCCAAUUUGUAUGUUUGCCAAAUAAUAGGCUGUAUUCAGCGUGAUUUAUUCAUGAAUAUAUUUUUUAAAACCGUGAUAGAGUAAAGCCGAGAAAUGCGGAGCGGUGAGGGAUUACUCUAACUAUGUACAAAAACUAAAUCAAAUAUUCCGUC